UAAAAUCACAAACUUUGGAAAGCUAUAACUUCCAAAAUAAUGGUUUCCGGGGGAAAAAAAUACACCAUCGUUUUAAGCAUAAAAAAACAAGUUGUCUGAAAAAAAAAAUUGAAAAUCGUGAGGGAGUUGGUAAAUUGCACUUUAGCCUCAAUUUUAAACGUUGAAUUAAUAUCUUGAUUUAUAUAUCUACACAUUUUAAAUUUCCCAUAUAAAGUUUCUGCAUGGCUUGAUAAAGUUACAUUUACAUUGAAAUUUUGUCUAUUUAGCCAUGAUAUUAUGAGGUUUAUAUUCUAAUAAUACUUGCCGGGCUACCUAUUAAAAUGUACUAUGUAUAUAUAUAUAUGACAUACUGGCUGAUCUAUUUAACACACUCAUUAUUUUAAAAACUAUUAUGGGUCGUAGACCUUUUUUACGUACAUUUUCAUUAAAAAACAAUAUUUUGAAUAUUUCUUACCAUGGUUUUAUUUAUCAGUGUUAAGUUAAAACGUUAUUACUUAUUUUCACAGAUUUCUAUAAAGAAGUCUGUGCUUAUUUUUACACAGAUUUCUAUACCUAAAGAAUUAGAUAGCGAACUCCUGCUAUCAAUUGAAGCCAGGUUUUUUGGUUGGCAUUUUAUGGUAUUUUAUAUGGUAAAUAUUAAUUAUGUUGUAUACUUGUAUUGUAUUUUAUGAUGUCUAAGCCUGUUAUUUAAAAAAAAUUAAGAAUAUUUUAUAGAAUUCAUUUUUCAUUUAUUUCUAUAUUUUACCAUUAAAAACGAUGUUACUCCUAAUACAUAUUCAAUAUUGUAUAGGAAAUGUAAUGUUUUGUCAACCGAAAAAAUGGCGGAAACUGAUACGCGAGCUUCAAUGUUCAUAAUAUAAAUAAUAUACGAGUUCCUUAUGUAGUUGGUAUAGAAGUCUGUGCUUAUUUUUAUUACCGAUCGAUUUUUUACAUAGUGAUAUCUUAAUAAUAAAAAUAAUAAAAGAUAAGAAUUCUUAUCUAUCUCGAUGCUUAGUCCAUAGAUUAUUAUCUAUGGUGAUUAUGAUAAAGACAUUGGCGCCAAAACCGAAAACAUUAUCAUUUAACCUAAAACUGCAAAUCAAACAAAUAAAAUAAUAUUAUUGAACAACAGAACAACCAGAAGAAUAGAUUCUGCGAUUGAAUUGUUCAAGGUGCAACUAUACAAGUGAAUCUAGUGAAUAUAGUGAUUAAAAGUAAGAAUUAUGAAACUCUUCGUUACAAUCUGUAGAAAUUGAUUAUUGUAAAAUACUGAUAUAACUGAGAUUAUAUUAACUUCUAUUAAAGGUACAAUGAUGAAAGCAAAACCAAAUCUCCCUUGGGUAGAAAAGUAUCGACCUAAUACUUUAGAUGAUUUGAUUUCACAUGAAGACAUUAUUAAAACAAUUGGUAAAUUCAUUAAAGAAGAUCAGUUACCUCAUCUAUUAUUUUAUGGACCUCCAGGGACAGGAAAAACUAGUACAAUAUUAGCAUGUGCCAAGCAGUUGUAUACUCCAGCACAAUUUCGUUCCAUGGUUCUUGAGUUGAAUGCUUCUGAUGACAGAGGAAUUAAUGUUGUUCGAGGACAAGUUAUGAACUUUGCAUCAACCAGAACAAUCUUUAAAUCAGGUUUUAAAUUAAUUAUUUUGGAUGAAGCAGAUGCUAUGACUAAUGAUGCCCAAAAUGCUCUCAGAAGAAUUAUUGAAAAGUUUACGGACAAUGUCCGUUUUUGCUUAAUUUGCAAUUACUUAAGCAAAAUAAUUCCAGCACUACAGUCACGGUGUACGCGCUUUCGAUUCGGUCCACUUGAUUUUAAACAAAUUAUGCCUCGACUUGAAUAUGUUAUUGAACAAGAAAAAGUGAAAGUAACAGAAGACGGUAAAAAAGCACUGAUAGAUUUGGCACAAGGUGAUAUGCGAAAAGUUCUCAACAUAUUACAAAGUGCUGCUACUGCAUUUCCAGAAGUAAGCGAAGAUUCUGUUUAUACGUGUGUUGGUCAUCCACUAAAGAGUGAUAUUAUGAAUAUUUUAAAAUGGUUGUUGAAUGAUGACUUUUCUACUACUUUCAAAAAAAUUCAAGAAUUAAAAAUUCAGAAAGGUUUAGCUUUACAAGACAUAUUAACGGAGUUGCAUACUUUUUUAUAUAGAUUGGACUUACCACCAGACUCUCUCAUUGAAAUACUAACAGAAAUGGCUGAUAUUGAAGUACGUCUGAAUGGUGGAACAAGUGAAAAAAUACAUCUCGGUAGCUUAAUUAGUGCUUUCCAUAUGAUAAGAUCAAAAUUAAAACCAGCUGAUGAAUGAAGACUGUAAUAUUAAAUAUUUCUUUUAAAAGUAUUUUAUUCUUAAGUUGGAAUUUUCAUUUUUAUACAUAAUUUUUGUCAUGAUCUUAAUAUGUAAAUAUAUCAAAAUAAAAAAAAUAAAACAAAUAAAUCAUAAUUUAUUAUUAUAA